AUGAGACACUCGUUUCCUCGCUCAUGUCCACGGUGACAUCCGCGUUGGCGUGCCCAAAGCCAGAACGAAGCGGCGAGCUUGAAUUCUACAGGGUCGAGGAACGAUCAGACGCUAGAGAUCUCGACAUGAAUGGCAAGGCUGAGAUCUGUCCCGGCGGUUUCAAGGUCAAAGUCGAAAUAGAAGCGGGGAUCGCACGCGGACAUGAAUGCCAACUUGAAAACGGACAAUAUGGGUGCGACGAUGAUGAGCUCGAAAUUGAAAGGAUGCUCGAUGAUGAAGAAGUUCAGCCCGAACUUAAACCCAAGCGCUUCAUGGAGCAGCACAGGUUAUGCAACUAUAACCUGUCCGUCCCUGCUGCUCCUGUUAAUGGAAAAGAAUGCAAACCGAAAAAUGCCCUUCCGCUCGAUGUGCCAACCAAGGAACAGGAACACCCGUUUGCGCUCAGCUCGGUCCUCGCGUCCCACAGACGCACACGCACGGAACGUGAGUAUGAGGUGGGGCGUGAAAAGCCAAGGAGGGAAGACGCAUGGACGGUGCGCAAACGCAGGAGCGUCCACUUUGCAGGAUUGAGUUCACGCACAGAUUCUGGUACGAGUACUGAUAUCAACACAUCGGCACCUCUUCUGCAACUUCCCCAAGUAAACCAAACCCAAGAAACGCACACGUGGGAUUUUCUCUAUGACCUAGCUCGCGAUGAAAACGUCCAGGACAGGAUGGACCGGUAUAUGGUUGAUGAUGCAGGGGUGUUGAGGCUCGACAUGAGAGACGUGUUGCGCGUUGCGAGGGAUGGUGCUGAUGCUAACCGCGAUCAUGGCCUUGGUAGGUUGGGAGGUGGUAGAAUGGGAGAGUGUGUGAACCCGACAUUGUUUGUACUGGGUGCGGAGGUUGGUGGAAAGAAAUUUGGAUAUGGCGGGAAAAGGAAGGAUAAGGACCAAAGUAAGGCCAAGGUCAGGGGAAGGAAUGUUAGGCCUAUCACUGUGAGGACGUGAUUGGGUGAAUAUGUUUGAGGGUAACAAGUCUCAAAGGAGUCUCAAGAACUGUCAACAUGUCAACUUCUGAUUAUGGGGUUUAUGUAAGCUAUUCUGCGUUACUGUACGAUAAAGUACUAUGUAUGCGUUCAGGGAUUGGAGGUGGUUUUCUGCUUUUAUGUGCCUAGCUUAGUAGCUGUGUAACUAUAGAUGUAUCACUUGAAUGUUGAUGCAUUGGACAUGGUA